AUGUCUAUUUUCCAGGCUCUCGUGUUGUGUCUGGCAUGGCUCGGCCAGUGCGCAGGCACUGACUGCGACGCGGAGAUCGGUGGUGUCCUGUUCCUUCAAACUGCAGUGAGCGCGGCCUCGCACUCGCACGGGGUGGGCAAGCAACAUCCUGCUCCGCAAGACGAAAUGGUGCAUCCACUGUGGGAUGCAGCUGAGAAGUUCUUCCACAUCAAGAGAGCUGCAGUUGGCAGCGUGCAUAUUCAAAGUUUCAAAAUACCUGGCAUUUUCGAGAAUCUGAGCAAGUACUGCGUUGUGUUGGUGUAUGUUGUGUUUUCUCUGAUGUGUGGCCGCUUCUGCUUGGUUGGUGUGCCAGCCAAAGCGCCUCAGGAUCCGCAAGUGUCGAAGGGUUGUCCAAGGAGCUGGCUGAUUUACAUGGGAGUUGUCUAUGCCUUCAUUUAUUUCAGCACAGACCAGUAUGUGCCGAGUUUGCCACAGAUGGAGGCAGAUCUUGCAGGUUCGCAGGCGUUGAUGAGUGGUACGGUUCAAUUGAACCUGUUUGUGAAGGCCGUCUUUGGUCUCAUGAGCGCAGGCCUGUCGGACCGCAUCGGCAGACGGCCAGUGGUCUUGGCAUGUGUGGUGCUGCUGAGCCUGGCGAGCUUGUGCUGCGCGUGCGCUGGCAGGAUCGAGUGGUUCAUCGCUGCUCGCAUCCUGCAAGGCAUGGGGGAGUCGGUCGAGCCGGUGGUGUUUGCCAUGGCCCGAGACUACUUCGCCGACUCGAACGAGCGCUUCAAGGUCAUUGCGGCUUUGCAGAUGAUGGCUUUUGUUGGCAUCGCCGUUGCCCCUCUUUAUGGCGGAGUCUGUGCAGCCUAUCUCAGCUGGCGCCUCUCCUUCCUCAGCUUGGCAAUUGUCUGGGGGUUGCUGGCGGCAUAUGCCUUCUGGGCCAUGAUGGAAUCAUGCCCCGAGGGGAGCCAGGAGAGUUACUUGAAGGACGUGGCACGUAUCCUGGAUCCUCAUCUUCUUUGUUUGCUGCUGACCGAGAGUUGCAUCAUGGGGGGAUACUUCACGUUCAAUGCCAAUAGCAGCUACUUGAUGGAGGAGAGCUUCGGCCGAUCUGUCAUGGCAUCUUCGAUCGUCAUGCUCAUCUACGGGGCUUUGUCUGGGCUUGGUGCCGUGUUGAUCGAGAAACUCCAUCUAAGCAGUGUCCUUCGGAUGGGGCAACUUGCUUUGUCGCUUCUGGCCCUCGCGGGGAUGAUCUCGAUGGUUCUUGGGCUCUAUUUCUCCGAGUAUCUGUGGUCCUACUUGGCUGGCUCCUUUCUGCAGGCGAGCGUGGGAAUGAUGGCCUUGGUCGCCACAAACGUCCUGUUUUUUGAACCUUUGGCAGAUUGCGCUGGCAUGGCGGCAUCUUUCGAGAUCGUAGCACAGAGCAUUCUGCCAAGCCUCCUCUCCGCCAUUGGCACGCAGUCCAUGAUUCAAGUGGGCCCGAAGGGGCUGACCCUCUGGCAGGCGGGCGCUUGCGUUGCCGGCGGGGUCUUAUUCUGGCUGGGCUACGGAUGCAACCCCCCAGCCUGGACCCUCCCUCUGGAACCCUCUGAGCGCCCAAAGUCUCUCCGACUCCUUGCAGACGAGGCAGAAGAGACGAGCUAG